AUGGAAAAAUACGAACAUCUAAUUGGUGGUUUUACUGGUGGUAUAACAAGCACUAUUGCAUGCCAUCCGUUGGAUCUCCUCAGAAUACGAUAUUCUGCUAAUGACGGUCACUGUCAACGUCCGCAAUAUCGUAGUUAUUGGCAUGCUGCACGAAAUAUUAUACAAUCCAGAGGGUAUAAAGGUUUAUAUCAAGGAUUAGCGCCGAAUCUGAUUGGAUCUGCUGUAUCUUGGGGACUUUAUUUCCAAUUUUAUCAUAUUAUCAAAAGUUUCUGCGAUGAGAGAACCAUUUCAACGGGAGCAGAGCCAGUGGAUAAUGUCCUGCUGGGAAUGAUUACUGGAGCUGGUAUUUUAAUGUUCACUAACCCUAUUUGGGUAGCAAAAACUCGACUGUGCUUGCAGUAUGAAAAUGAGAGAAUCAAAUACCGCGGACUCUCGGACUGUAUCUCCACAGUUGCUCGAAACGAAGGAAUUACUGCAUUGUACAGGGGUUUUACGCCAGGACUUAUUGGAACUAUACAUGGUGCAAUUCAGUUUAUGCUUUACAAUCGUUUCAAGGAUGACAGAUUGAAACAUUUGGAACUUCCUGCUAAUCAUAUUUUGAGUACUGCUGAUUGUCUAAUAUAUUCAGCUGUAUCCAAAAUAAUUUCCACGACAAUAACAUUUCCGUACCAAGUACUGCGAACUCGAUUGCAGGACCAUCAUGCAAAAUACAAUGGGAUAUAUGAUUUGGUAAGCAAAACAUAUAGAAUGGAAGGUGUGCGUGGUUUUUAUAAAGGCUUGCUCAUGGGUAAUUUACGUCAGCUACCAAACGUUAUUGUUACAUAUGUAACUUAUGAGAAUGUGGGUCCACACUGGCCUACGGUGCGUAUAGCAUUAUUUUCUCUACGAACUGAAUGCAGUCUUUUUUAG